AUGGACCCUAACGAUAGCCCUCUCAGCAACCUUGAUUUGUGGUGCGACUGGAGCGGUGUUCCAGAAGAACCAGUGUCUAUCACAAUCGCCAUGGAGCUACAAACCUGCGGCCAUCCCAACCUCAAUUUACCCAUCCUCAACGUCCAGUCACCAAACACCGUGAAGAUCCCGUCUUGGGUCAUCCGGUUGAAGCCUGACUAUGCCCACUAUGAUGCCGACACUCCGCCGGAGAAAGAGGAUUGGCGGCAUGGUCUGGAACAUAGCGAUGAGACCGAGAAAUACCCUGCCAAGAAUGGCUCUGUUCCUGACUCUGGGAGUGUUGUUGUUCAUGAUGAUCCGCAGGGUGUCUCUAGUCCUACUGUGAAUAUCUCCGGGAUGUACACCAAGGUUGAGAGCUCGGGUAGCUCAACCUCUUCUGCCCCUCGCAAGAGCCAGGUCGACAGCCUGGGUAGCCCGCACUCCUCCAACCCUCGGAAGAGAUCGGCCAAGGCUGCUUCUCUGCCUGACUCAAUCGCUCCUGACGAUGAGUACCAAUGCACCCGACACAAACUUAUGAUGACCAAGAUCGACCUGCCGCCGGAACUGGAGCCUGUGUCCCAGGACAAUAGCCCCGCCAUCGAGAAAAUCAGCAGCUUCAUUUCCAGUCUAGAGGAAGCCAGCAUCACGCCUGAGAAUAUCCUCUUGCCUCAAGACUCUGUGCCAGUUACCCCGAGCAUUACAUCUGAGCAUAUUUUGCUAAACGGCAAAGGACCGACGGUUUAUAAUGUACCUGAAUCUGAUGACACUUCUCUCAACAAGAUUGACUUGAGCGGCACUAAACCGCUCACCGAAGCGAACUUGCUCCAUCGGAAUUAUGAUAUACUAUCAACUCGUGGGUGCAAUGGAAGCCUCUCUGACAGCGAAGAUUCUGACAAAGAAAAAGAGGACCUGCUUGUCUCACUUGAAUCCAUUGCAUCACCAUCAUUUUUCUCGUGCUCUGGGUUUUAUGGACUUCUGUCCCCGACGUCCGCGGAAAUUGACAAAGAGAAAAACAAGCCCAAGCUCAUCUUAAACAAUGACAUUCUUUAUGUUCAGACCCCUUCCACUGUCUACUCUGCGACAUACCAAAUUGCGAUUGCGCUCAAGAUCAGGCUGCAGAAAGGAAAAUCGAGGGAUUGGUGGAAGUUGAUUGUGAAUGGACUACCUCGACUCGCCCAAUCCGAGUCUGGUUAUCUCUACUUCCGAACACCCCCGGGCCAGGGAAUGGAGUUCAUGACCUCAUCGUUCAAACGACAUACCCUCGUGGAAAGCUGCUUGAUGGCUCAGAUUCACAGUGGAAAAAGCCUCGUGGUUCCGUUCCGUAGGUGCAACGCAGAAUACUACGGACAACUCAAGGACCACAAAGUCAACACGGUCAUACGGGCCGAGGUGGCAGACGCCGGCGAUCCAUCGUCCUAUCUAAUCAAAUACAAUGCCGUUUGCUCCAUUGGUCUCAUCAAUCAUAACUUCUGGGCUGAGAAGUGCAAAUUCAACCUCUUUGUGCAUGGCGGUCCAGACGGCGAGUUCAACGCCGUUUUUGCAGCAAAAAAGCCUCUGAUAAACUCGAUUCGGCUACAAACAGCGCUGGAUGGGAUGGGAAUCUCGCGCAUCGAUGUUGUCAGUGUUCCCCAAGCUCUGGAAAUGUUCACGGUGUCGUGGGAAGUCACACUGCCGCGAGGCAAGGCUGUCACCUGGCUGCCAUGGAUUAAGACCACGGUCAGCUUCCGUGAUGUUGAAACUAUUCUCCAAGAGGACUACGCCAUCUUUAGCCCCAAGCAUGAAGUGAUCCCUCCGAAGCGCCAGAAGGUUGAUGUUGAUACUAGGAGCCAAUUUUCAAGUGGCCAACUGGGAAUGUUUUUCGAUUUUAAGCCCCCAGUUAUGGCAACCCCAGCUCCAUAUCUUCAACGUGGAGCUCUUCUCAAUCACAAGCCUAAGAUCCAUGGGCCUCUAUUUGGCAAACCAGCUUCCAAGUCUACAAGUACACAGACUGUUGCGGGAACUCCAGUUGCCGAGCCAAAGAAGCCCGGCCGUGCUGUCGGAUUGUGGACCUUAAUCAGGUUCGUUUUCCAACUGCUUAGUUUCUUGGCAUCUGUUCACACCAUCUACUGGUCGUACUUGCUGCUCAACCGUGGGUUCCGUCUCGACCUCCGUGCUCUCCACACUUCAUGCCCGCCAAACGAAGUGUAUGUCUAUGAUCCAGUGGACUGCGCAGAGAAUUUUACCAAUCCUGACUUGGAGAAGGAGUUGAAAAACGUCUUGAUGGAGUUUAAUCUUCAGCCUGAGCCGAUUCGAUUUGAAGUUCAGCCGUCCGUCAACACCACACCUGCCAGCAUCACCCCAAUGCCCUUGAGAGACCGCAUCGAUUACCUUCUCGGAUGGCGAGGGCCAAUGGAGUAA